AUGGAUAGUGAUCUGAGUGAUCUGAGGUCGGAAGCAUCCGAAAGUUCUGGGAAAGGAGAAGAAUUUGAUGGUGAGUUGGCGAACGAGAAGAUCAACGGUGAUGACGAGGACUACGUCGAUGAAUUUGAAGAAGUGAAGGCCACAAAACCAAGAAGGACUGGAUCAAGAAGAGAAACUUCAAAAAGAGGUAAAAGCACACUGGCAGAAGACGAUGAUGCUGAUUUUGACGAAGUUAUUCCCUCCCGCAAGAGAACCAAAGUAUCAAAGACUGUACAGGAUGAAGAUGACGAGGAUGAUCUGAUAGACGAGCAAAAAGUGGAACCAGGAUUUGAAGACGUAGGAUUCGAAUCUCAGGAAGACUCAGAGAAGAUUGACCAAAUAGACAUGGAUGAGGACGAUGAUCUUUCUGUCGAUGCGGGCUCCAGACUACCAUCCAGAAUGCUCGACGAUGAGGAUGAGGAAGAGACUCGUGAAGAUACACAGGACUCAUUAAAGCCACCCAACAAGAGCAAGAUGUUACGUUCACUACUCGGAAACUCCCAAGGCAGGAAAGCUCUCACCGAAGAAGAAGUUCAAUUAAAGAGAGCAGAGAAUGCUCGUAAACGGAAGAACCUCAGUGAGAAGAGGAUUGAAGAAGAGAAGCAAGAGACUAUCAAUAAGCUUCUCAGGCGGCGUGCAGGCAAGUCCAGAAGCCAUCUGCCCAAGGAUGACGAGCCGGAAGACGGCUCUACCGACGCAAUGGCCUUUGCCAAGCCAAGGCGACCAUACGACAGCACAGGAAUGACACGAACACUACGAAAAUACGAACAAGAUUUAUAUUGCACGGUGUCACCAAACCAAAAUUAA